AUGACUGGAAAUGCCACCCCGUUCAGGGGUUCUGGAAUUGCAACGGUAGGGGGUGAGGCCCCGGUGGAGCAGUGUCCGCAGGAGAAGUUCUGCGUUGAAAAGGAUUCUCCUUUGUGCGACUCUAUCAUGUGGAAGAUGCUUGACAACUACUAUAAACAGGUGGCCAUUGAGGCGUGGGCUCAUGACUACGUGCCUUCGUUUGUGACAAGCAACAGUCGCCUGUGCAGAUCCUACGCGAAAAUAAUCAUCAACUUCCUUCAAGACUGGUUCAGACGAGCGGAGGCGGACCCAGAAAAGCCUGUCAUUAUCCUAGAGAUAGGCGGAGGGCAUGGGCGUUUCACGUUUUUGCUGCUGCGGGCCCUGCAACGGUAUCAGAGGCUCUUCGCAAGUCUAGGCCUCCCUGAGCGCCCCUUCCUUGUCGUGUUUUCGGAUGUGGCAGAAGCCAACGUGGAUUUCUGCUCCAGACACCCGGCCCUGAAGACAUUUGUAGACAUGAAGUGGCUUGAUUUUGCUGUUUUCGAUGGAAACAAAGACAGGGAGGUCCAUUUGGUCGUCAGGAAUGAAGUAGUUGUCAAUGGAGCGGCUCCUGUCGUUGCUAUUUGCAACUACGUUCUAGACUCGCUUCUAACGGACUCGUGGAGGAUAUCACCAGGGGCCGCCGAGCACGAGUUUGAGAGGGCGCUUGUGUCUGUGUACUCUCCUUCAGAGGAGGAGGAGCUGGAUGCUCCAGAGAUAAUGCUGCGCAUGACACUGGGCUGGAAGUGGCGGGGAGUGGACUUGGAAGCGGCAUGUGACCCUUCUAGCUCAGCGAAUAUUACCUACUUGCACGAGGACCCUACCAUUAAAGAGGUCUUGCUGCGCUACCGCAAUCUGAACAAACAGCUUUCUUUUGUGCUUCCAAUAGGAGCCUUUGCCCUUUUCCGUAAUCUGAGGCACAUAGGGGGAGGUCGCCUGUUCUGCCUAGUCGGCGACAAGGGCUACCCAACAGUGGAUGAGUUUGUGGGUGUGAGAGACCCGCACAUCGCUAUUCACGGCUCCAUCUCCUUCAUGCUCAACCUCCACGCCAUACGGACCUUCUUUGAGUGCAUGGGUGGCUUCUCCCAUGCAACACCCUAUAGGGAUACAUUCCAAGUGACGGGCUUGUGGCUCUGCGGCACUGAGUUUGAAAUGGGGAGGAGCGUUGCAGCUUUCCUCGAAGACGUCGAAGAUCUCGCACCCGAUGCGCUCAUCAGCUGGCAAAGAGCCGCACAGGAAACCGUUGCUUCCGGAGGAGGGCCCGCUAGCAGCAUCAAGUCUUUGAUUUCGCUGCUCCGAUAUUCGGCUCACGACGCAGACGUGUUCUUGAACUUCUCCAAUGAGUUCACGAGCCAAUGCGUGCAUCCAUACCUGAAUCCACGGACGGAGCAGGACUUGAUAGCGGACUUGGAAAGGACCUUUGCUAAUUGGUACAAGUUGAAGAAAGGGGAAGACGUCGCCGAUGUGUGCGGGCACAUCUGCAUGAGGCUUGGCAGAUGCGACAAAGCUCUCAAGUUCCUGCAGGCAAGCGCGGACUUGGACGCCGAGCGCACUCACCCGUCCACGUACAUCAACCUAGCAAGUUGCUACAAAGUCGAAGGCAACUUUGAGGCUGGAAUCAAGUGCUGCGAAAGGGCUUUGCAGAUCGAUCCCAACUAUCCUCAAGCUGAGCAGAUGCUGCGCACGUUGAGCAUGUGCAAAAACCCAGUGCGAAUAGCUUUAGUUGGGCUUGGCUACUGGACCCAAUUCGAGGCCCUUCCUCUGCUCCGUCGUGACACGCGCAUGAAGAUCGUCGCAGCCUUUGCAUUCAAGCAGGAAGAAGUUGUUGCCCUGGUUAAAAGGGCAGGGCUUCAAGAAGUUGAACUGUACAGCGGGUCGCAAGGGCUGGCAUCUUUGCUAGACAGGACGGACAUUCAGGCGGUAGUCGUCGACGUGCACAUGCAGCUAAUGAUGUCUUUGCUGCCUCGCAUCUUCGCAACGGGCAAGCACGUGCUAACGCGCUCUCCCUUGCAAAUGAGCCUCUCCAAUGCGGCGGCCCUCCUGGACGCCUACAAACCGUAUAGUAAUUCGCUUGUGUGGCAUGCGGUUGAAAACAACCGACAAGAAGACGCGUUUGUUGAGGCCGCUGCCAAAGUGGCUGUCUUGGGCAGAGUUACAAGUGUGUGCUUCAAAUGCGGCACGGACACUGCGCUCAAGCAUAAAUUCUCCACCGCUCCCUAUGACAUCAAGCAUCACUUGGCUCUGGACCUCCUGCGGUGCGUAACGGCUGUGCGCCAGCUGACAGGUUUGCAGCUUAGCUCGGUGUCGGCAGUUGCAAAGGGCGAGUAUGCCCCUUGUUGCAGCUCGGGCUCUUUCCCGCUGGAGGAAGGACAGAGUCUAAAGCAGGAAAAGCUAAAGAACACGCGGCUCCGCCGAGAAUACGCGCGGCUCACGGGAUGGCUCACUUUGAAAAAUCAGGCUGGACAGCAGAGCUGGCGAGUCGAGGUGACAGGAGAGAAGGUCUCUGGCUCCACGAAUUUCGCAGUUCAGGGAAUCGGCCAUCAGAACUGUCAUGAUGCCUUUGCAGAGGAGCUUUACGAGAAGCUUCAGUGUAAGGAGCAGAAGGAGGAGCCCAACGCUGACAAGGGAUCAGCCUUAGUUGAUAUUUCCAUCAGCGGGGCGCUGGAGGACUCAGCUGUCGUUGAGGGAAUUCUCGCAUCUAUACAGGGGCUCUAUGCAGUCAUAGUACCUUGCUUUAUGCUCUGCUGUUAA